UAGCCGUGACGUCGUGCGUUCUUGUGAUAGGAGCGGCUGAUCGUGUUCAAGGAGGAAGAGAAGGGAAAGGACUUUCACGUUGGUUCACGUAUCAGCACUUGCAUAAAGCGUGAGUGCUUGCCUCUUCUUAAGGCUCUAUCAGAAUCAAGUGAUCUUUGAAAAAAUGUCAGCCUCCAGUCGGUCACAAGUGUUGUCUCUCUACAAGAUUAUGUUAAGGGAAAGCCAGAGGUUCAGUUCUUACAAUUACAGGACAUAUGCCAUAAGAAGAAUCAGAGAUGCUUUUAGAGAAAAGAAAAAUGUUGAUGAUUUUCUUGAAAUAGAAACUUUGCUUCACCGUGCCAAAGAAAACUUGAAUGUCAUUCAGCGUCAAGUUACCAUUGGUCAGAUGUAUGCCACGCACAAACUGGUCAUUGAAUCGGCAGAACACCGGUGAUACUUGGAUGCCAACUACGGAAGCCAAAUAAAUCCAGCCUUCUGAAACAUAGAUAUUACAUGUGGGUGUUGUUUUAUUUAGCAUAACACUUUUGGGUAAUGGUAUAUUGAGUCAUUUUUAUCGUUUUGAUGCACCAACGGGAGUUUGCCACCAGACAGGACCCAGUGUAUAGCCUCUAUAGCAAAAUUCUUAUAAUCAUCUAGACUGCCUCUACCCUUAAAAGGAAGCUAUUGUGAAAUGAACAAUGAUUGAGAAUAUCUAUAUAUAAUAUAAUAAACUGUUUUUUAAAAGA